AUGAUCUCAGGAGGUCCUCCAUUCAGUGGAGGCCUCGGCUUCUCCCUCCCCUCCUUCUCCACCUCUUCGUCCCGAAAACAACGGCUUCUCCUCCUCAUCGCCAUUCUAGUCAUCUCCUUCAACGGGUACGCCGUCGCCACCAAGAAAUUCUCGGUGCUGCGAAUAUCGCCGCACAGCAAGCGGGACGUCGAGUUUUUGCAUGAGAUUCGCGAAAAGGACCAUGAUCUCGAUUUCUGGAAAGGACCGACAGCACCGGGCAAGGAGAUCCAUCUGAUGGUUGAUGAGGACAAGACGGCAUUCAUCGAACGCGCGCUAUCUCGGCGCAACAUCUCCCACACGAUCAUGAUCGCCGACGUCGAGAAAGUGAUCGUCGACCAAAAGAAGAAACGAGCCAAAAUCGACAGCGAGCUGCGGCUGAGGGAUUGGCGGGAGGGAAAGAUCAACUUCAACCUGGCGCAGUACCACUCGUUUGCCGACGUGAUCAACUACCUGAACGCGUUGGCCGUGACGUACCCCGAGCUGGUCUCCGUCCAACCGAUCGGCACGACGCACGAGGGACGCCAGAUUCCGCUCAUCAAGAUUACGAACAAGCGACUACCUGGUCCGAAAAAAGCCGUCUGGGUUGAUGGCGGCAUCCACGCACGCGAAUGGGUCUCGCCGAGUACUGUUCUGUACUUUAUCCAUACGCUAAUCACCCAAUACGAUAAGGACCCGAAAAUCCGACAGUACGUCGACAGCCUGGACUGGUAUCUCGUGCCGCUUCUCAAUCCGGACGGCUACGAAUACUCGCGAUCGAGCACGAACCCCGAAAUUCGGCUGUGGCGCAAGAACCGCUCGCCGGCCAAGUGUAUCCAGGUGGCGUCCGGCCCCUUCCAACCGCCGCAACAGCAGUGCUGCCAGGGCGUCGACUUGAACAGGAAUUUCGACUGGUUCUUCGGCCAGGUCGGCUCAUCUACCGACCCCUGCUCCGAGAUCUACCAGGGUGCGUACGCCUUCUCGGAGCCGGAAACGCGCUCCGUCCGCGAUUUCCUCGCCCAGCAUCGCAUUACGACGUUCAUUACGCUCCACUCCUACUCACAGAUUCUGAUGUACCCAUUCGGGCACCAGGUCCGCACCUACUCCAACGAUCUCAACGAUUUGCACGCCACCGCCACGAACGCGGCGAGCGCGUUGCGGUCGCUGUACGGUACGCAGUAUCGAGUGGGAACCGGGGCUGAUACGCUGUACCCAGCAUCCGGCGGCUCAGAAGAUUGGGCCAAGGGCAAGGCGCACGUCAAAUUCUCGUACUUGUUCGAGUUGAGGCCCGAGGAGCAGGUGUGGGAUGGCUUCCUGUUGGCCGAGAAUCAGAUCGUCCCCACGGCUCGGGAGACCUGGGAGGCAGUCAAGGUCAUCGCCGACUCGACGCUGAGACAUCAGGACUCUGCCGCCCCGGCCGUCCGCCACCACCCCCAGCAACCUGUUCAGCACCGCCCCGCCGCCUUCCGCCCGGCGAUUUGCGAGGCGCAUCCGAUGAUGCAGCGGCACGCUCCGCGUUUGCUGGCUCCGCAGCGCCGUCCGGACGACCCAUCCGGCGCUCAAACCCAGGGCAAGAAGUACGAACUCGUCUCCCGGCAAACCACCAAGGUCACUGCCCUCUCCACGAAAUUGGAAUGGAAGAUUAGCGAGUUCGAGCGGCUGAUGAAGCUCUACAAGAACGGCGACAACCUCAUCAGCAAGACAUUCGGCUGCCCCGAGGCGCCGAGCGUCAUCUGGGAGCUGCACGUGUACCCGAACGGCAAGCGCGAGGAGGACGCGAGCAACGUCUCCUUUUUCCUGCGACAAGUCGGACUCUCGCGCAACGACAAGCCUCUGAUGACCGAAUUCCAAAUCUACGCGGUCGACAGCUUCAACCAGCGGGUCAGUGUCUGCCGCGACACCAAGGACUUCACGCAUCAACAAGGACGGGGCAAAUUCCAGGUGACCCGCGACAAGCUGAUCGCGGCCCUGCGGCACGACGGCACGCUGGUGCUCUUCUGCGAGCUCGAGUAUCUACUGCCCGAGCAGGGCAUCGAGACGGAGGUCGAGGGCACCGUCGACGACCAAAAGAAGCAGGAGGAGUUCUUCAUCCGCGAGGCCAACUACGAGAUGUGGACGAACAAGCGAUUCACGGAUUGUUGCAUCAAGGUCGGCCACACGGAAAUCGACUGCCAUCGCUGCAUCCUCGCGCAACAAUCUGAAGUGUUCCGAUCGAUGUUCCAGGAGGAAUUCCGCGAGGCCCGCGAAGGUGUCAUCGAGAUCCUCGACUGCAAGCCGGGCGUGGUCAAGAAGCUGCUCGAGUUCAUGUACACCGGCUCGUUCGGCGCCUCGCUGUUCGACGCGACGUGCACCGUCGAGGAGCUGCUCGCCAUCGCCGACAAGUACGCCGUGCUGCGGCUGAAGGAACAGUGCGAGUUCAUGCUCUCGAAGGAGCUGAACGUGAAGAACUUCUCCCAGCUGGCCAGCUUCGCCGAUCUCUACUCGGCCGAGCUGUUGAAGAGGGCCUGCACGCGGUUCCUCGUCGGCCACCACAAGACGGUGAUGCGCAGCCCGGAUUGGAGGGAGCUGAAGAAGACCAACCCCGGCCUCGCCAACGAGCUGCUCGAAUCGGCGCUCAACGUCGGCGAGCCGUUGGGGAACAGCAUGGACGAGCUGGACGACAGCAACGACGAGAUCGAGCCGCCGCCCAGGAAGCGUCUGCGAAGAUUUGGCAACAACGCACCGGGACAAGGCGACUCGUCCGCCUCGCAA